GUUGAUACUUUCAAAUCUUCCGGAUACAUUGUUCACAUCCCAAGUCCCUUUCGCGGCUCCGUCUCACAUCCCCAAAAUACCCCUCAAGCUUAAGACCAGGCUUGACAGCUAAAUUGAAACUCUCUUGAUUGUCGAUAAUGUCCAGAUCUAUCGAUCAUUUCCGCGACAGCCAAGCUCCAGAUGAUUAUCCGCGAGUCUACCUCUUUGGCGAUUCUCUAACGGAAUGGGGGUGUUCGGAAUUGGAUUCGGGGUUUGGGUGGAGAUUAGAACAGUAUUACAAAGACCGGGUUGAGGUUGUCAAUGAAGGAUAUGCCGGACAAACGACAAGGUCGCUUCGCAGAAUCUUCAAGGAACGAAUCCUUGACAAGGCAAAGGAGCGUGGCUCACCCGCGCCGCUCUUUAUAACGAUAUUUCUUGGAGCUAAUGACGCCUGUUUAGAUGGUGCCGGCACAUACGUUCCCAUAGAAGAAUACGAAGAACAUAUCCGACACUAUGUCAAUAGCAUCCUUAAUCAUCCUGCUACAAAGUGCACUAAAGUCAUUUUGAUUUCACCACCACCGGUCAACGUACCUCCUCCUCCAAAAGAGGGCUCGGAAAGCGACUUGGAUAUCCCUUCGGUUGCCGACGCUUUGUGGCAUGUGGCUGCCAAGGGUCGAGGCCACAGGACUUGGGAAUCGAAAAGAAAAUUUGCGAAGAAAAUUGUCGAAAUUGGGCAUGAGUUUCAGGAAAGGGCGGAACGAGUGGCACUUUUAGACUUCUGGACUAUUAUCACCAAGGCUGCGUGUCUAGAGGACGGCGAGGGCGACCCAGUUGAUAUCUUCCGCAAACUUGAUCUCGAAGAUAUAUUACCAGGCUGUGGCAUGCCGGGGUCGAAACGAUUUGGACGCGGUUAUUUCACUGACGGCCUCCAUCUGGGCGAAAAGGGGUAUGAAAUUCUCGGCCAAGGUCUCUUAGAUCUCGUUUUAAAAAGAUGGCCAGAGUUGAAAAGCGAGAAUUUCCCGAUCCGGCCGUGCGAGAUAACUUCGGCAUAAUCUCGUCCCUCGGAACACUUGUCAGACAGUGAAGGAUUGACACAAAAGGUCAACAGCAUUGUAGAGGAAAUAAUGAUGCAUUCCUAUUUAGCCUCUGUUUAAGGUGUUGCCGGAACCUCUUGGGUUUUCCUCUUUGAAUUCAUCCCACGCUCGUGCCUUCAUCGUUUCUUCGUCGGCCUUCUUCAUGUCAUCUUCGUCAAUUUCUUUCGGCGCGCCAGAUUGUUCACCCCCACCUUCGAUAAUUCCUCCUCUCUUUCGCUCUUCUUCCAAGUAUUCCUCUAUUGUCAUUGUCGGCAAAUUGUGACCAGGCCGAAAAACUCCUCUCUGAAGUUCUGCCCUUCGACUCGUUAGGACGAAAGGUUGAAGGGGAACACCACCCUUGCUAAGAAGAGGGCCUCUUCCUCCACGACUACCCGAAGAAAGGCCAACAUCGAGUCGCUCCGAAUAGCCUGGAGCGCUGCUUGUACCACGUGUCCUUGAGUCCUCCGGGGUUUGGGAUGGAUGCUCUGAGGCAGCUUUUGCCGCAAGUUUCAGCAUAGAUAGUUCGUGCGACAGCAUGUCCAAAGAUUGAAAGGUGUGGUGUGUGUAGAGGUUUAUUUCUGCUAGAUAUAGCUGUCUCACAAUCUCAUCAUCGUGGUCUAUCGACUUCUGAUUUUGGGAGAGAUACU